UGUCAGCACUGCAUUCUGGGUAAACUGUCCCCAAAAUUUCAAGAACGCAUGCGUGCGUUAGGUCCUUCCUUUUGCCUCGUUGCCUCCGAGAGAGCAAGAUGGGUCAUCAGCAACUGUACUGGAGCCAUCCGAGAAAAUUCGGCCAGGGGUCUCGUUCUUGCCGCGUCUGCUCAAACCGGCACGGUCUGAUCCGGAAAUACGGCCUCAAUAUGUGCCGCCAGUGUUUCCGUCAGUACGCGAAGGAUAUAGGUUUCAUUAAGUUGGACUAAGUGGACUUCCAUGAAUGGGUCAUUCCAGACAUCUGCAGAAACAGUGCUAGCUCUUUGUAUAUAAAAUAAAAACUUCAAUUAUGAGUGUUUUAUUGAUUGUGAAUGGAAGUCACAUGAUCAUAGAAAUCUUUUAAAAUUUUGCUGUUAUCUUCUCAGUGGAUUGAUCUUCAAAAUUUGUGGCCUGUUUACCCCUGGUUAUAUAAAAGUAUUCAUGUUGAACUCUU